UGUUCAAAUGGCAACCGGGUAGAUCUUCCAGUUUCCACCGGCUUGGCUCGGUGCGACACACGCGCCAGCGGCAGUCGCGCCUCGCGGACUUCGGGGAUUUUCAUUUCGCCGUACCGCCGCUGGUAAUCCGGCCGCGGCUGCCGCAGUUUGGGAUUUGUUUGCUUGGGAUCUUGAACCUUGCCAAAGGCCGCGCGCGGCGGAGCGCGCAGAGCAGGUUCCUAGCGGCGGGGACGCGGCGCGCAGUCCCCUCCCGCGCCACCUCUGCUGCGGCAGGGCCAGCCGCUCCGGGACCGCAGGUCGGCGGGCUGCGGGCCGGGUCCGACCGCCCGUCGAGCCGGGCACGGCCUCGCUCUGCAGGUCGCCUGGCUUACGCCCGCCUUUCUCUUUGCGCUCUUUCAGGAGGACGCGGGCAAACAACGCUCCGCAGCUGCCUCGGUCUUGGCAAACAUUUCGCAUCCACGUCCCUCGGCCUGCGCGCCUGGAAGCUGGAUCUAGCACAAGUCCACCGCGAGCCAGCCACACGGUGGGUAACUGCGGGCCAGGAGAAGUGCCCAGAUGCCAAAAGCGCCUGCCUUUGAGAGUCGGCGACAGACCGGUUCCUGCUUGUGGUUUGGAAGGAGACUGGCGCUGGAUUUUUGAAUUCCAAAUUAUGCGCAGAAUGCUGAAACUUCUAACCAGGACGGAUCAGACAGUGCAGAAAAGCAUACUCCCGUAACUCUGGAAUUGCACUUUGCACCGUGUCUUCUCGAACUUCGCGCCAAACCUUGGGAAGGGAGGGAGUUGGGGCCUGGGGCCAGCGCAGCGGUUAGAGAGGGUCCGCGGGCAGCUCCGCGCGACCCUGGCCAUGUUGCCUUUAAUGCCCUGCCCCUUUGCGUGGCCUUCUGAGCGUUUCCAGUGCUGGCCGGGGUUGCUUCCCAUCCGCGGGUUCUCUCUCACCCCUAGCCAACCCCAGCGGGCAAGGCUCCCCCGAGCCGAGACCUUUUGACUCCCUGCUCCCCCCGCUCCGGCCUGCGCCCCCGCCCGGGGGUGGCCCUCGAGAGCCGGACCUUGUCCGACCCGGCUGGGACCAUGGUGUUUCUCUCCGGAAAUGCUUCAGACAGUUCCAACUGCACCCACCCGCCGGCUCCAGUGAAUGUUUCCAAGGCCAUUCUGCUCGGAGUAAUCUUGGGGGGCCUCAUCAUUUUCGGGGUACUGGGGAACAUCCUAGUGAUCCUCUCCGUGGCCUGCCACCGCCAUCUGCACUCGGUCACUCACUACUACGUUGUCAACCUGGCGGUGGCCGACCUUCUGCUUACCUCCACGGUGCUGCCCUUCUCCGCUAUCUUCGAGAUCUUAGGCUACUGGGCCUUUGGCAGGGUCUUCUGCAAUAUCUGGGCGGCGGUGGACGUCUUGUGCUGCACCGCGUCCAUCAUGGGACUCUGCAUCAUCUCCAUCGACCGCUACAUCGGCGUGAGCUACCCGCUGCGCUACCCGACCAUCGUCACCCAGAAGAGGGGACUCAUGGCUCUGCUCUGCGUGUGGGCGCUCUCCCUCGUCAUCUCCAUCGGGCCUCUGUUCGGCUGGAGGCAGCCAGCCCCCGAGGACGAGACCAUCUGCCAGAUCACCGAGGAGCCGGGCUACGUGCUCUUCUCGGCGCUGGGCUCUUUCUACGUGCCGCUGGCCAUCAUCCUGGUCAUGUACUGCCGGGUCUACGUGGUGGCCAAGAGGGAGAGCCGGGGCCUCAAGUCGGGCCUCAAGACUGACAAGUCGGACUCGGAGCAGGUGACGCUCCGCAUUCACCGGAAAAAUGCCCCGGUAGGAGGCAGCGGGGUCAGCGCCAAGAACAAGACUCAUUUCUCCGUGAGGCUCCUCAAGUUUUCCCGGGAGAAGAAAGCAGCCAAAACACUGGGCAUCGUGGUCGGCUGCUUCGUCCUCUGCUGGCUGCCUUUUUUCUUGGUGAUGCCCAUUGGGUCUUUCUUCCCUGAUUUCAAGCCCUCAGAAACAGUUUUUAAAAUAGUAUUUUGGCUCGGAUACCUAAACAGCUGCAUCAACCCCAUUAUAUACCCGUGCUCCAGUCAAGAGUUUAAAAAGGCCUUUCAGAAUGUCUUGAGAAUCCAGUGUCUCCGCAGAAAGCAGUCUUCCCAACAUGCCCUGGGUUAUGCCCUGCACCCGCCCAGCCAUGCCCUGGAGGGGCAGCACAAGGACCUGGUGCGGAUUCCGGUGGGAUCGGGAGAGACCUUCUAUAAGAUUUCCAAGACGGAUGGGGUCUGUGAAUGGAAAUUUUUCUCUUCUCUGCCCCGUGGAUCUGCCAGGAUUACCGUGCCCAAAGACCGAUCAGCCUGCACCACAGCCCGGGACUUUUAACCAUGAAACCACCUGCACACAGCGCUGGUCAAGCCCGGUUGGAACACUGUCGGCACCUGCUCUUGUCUACAAACUGUGCUGUGGAGCAGGGCUGAGCCCAGACUGCUGUGGGGUCUACCAUCUUCAAAAAGCAAUGGCAGCAGUGGCCUCCUGGCCAUCCAAAGUCCCUGCAAGAUGAGUGAGUGGAGAUGACUGUCGUGGGCCUGGGCUGGCAAAAGCAAGUUAGGAUUUCAGCAGAGGACACCUGGCCCCUUGCCAGUGCUCCAUCAGCAGUGAUUCAUUCACACUCCCUCAGACCCAAACGUCAUGGGGGCUGAGGAAGGACCGUAUCUGCCCUGUGCAGGAAAAUGUCAUUUCUUUGCUACUGCAACGUGGAUUACUGAGUCUCCCACCUAAAGAGAAGGCUAUGGCGGUGGAGAGGAGGGCGUGUUGAGAAGGAGAGGGAGGACUUACCACCGACAUCGCUCAAAGUAGGAUGGAUGGUUUAGUAAUACUUUGCUGCAACUGAUAAGCAAGGAAUUGCCCUCAAACUGGUUGCUUAUUCCUUUCCAAAGACAAAAUAAUUGUCUUUCCUUUUCGUGUGGCUCAGGAGUUAUAUUACUUUCCCUCCAUAUCAUAGUCAAGGUAGCCACAUUAUAAGCUGGAAAUGAGUAUUGCUAAUCUAUGAGAAAUGCAGACUUAAUUAGGUAAAAAAUCUAAGAGAAAAUUUAUACUGUAUUUGGAGAAAAAAUAAUGAAGGUGCUGAUCAAUGAAAAAACCUGAAUACAGUAGGUAAAUUCAGAUGCAAUAGAAAAGAAACUAAGACAAAAAUCCCAACAUGAGUUUAAUAUUUUGUUCCGUUUAUAUAACACUCUGUAUUAUCAGUUUUGCCUAUCUCAAGUCAUUCCUGUGAGGCAUAAAGAGAAGAAAGGGAUUAUUAUCUAUGCUUAGCAUAGGAAGAAACGAGGAGGAAUAGGGAAAGCUUUAAGGAUUUCUUUGGAUAGUCCCAAAUCCAGCGUCUGACUCCUUUUUCCAGGAUGCCUUCAACAUCCCCGGGGUCCACUGUGUUUCCUGAGACCCUGGCUCUCACGUUUCACUCAGUCCUCACUGAUCCAUGCUUUCAGCUCUCUUCACACCUUCUCUCCUCUUACAUCUCUCCAGCAGCUCAGGAGCACAAGAUUGUUCCAGGGGCUGAGUGCAUAUUUGUCUGUGCUUCUCUCAUUGACUAAAAGACAAGCAGAUGUAAUUCUGCUCUUCCUCCCUAGAGAGGCAGCCACAGAGCUAAGGGAAUAAGCAGGGCAGAGGUCCCUUGGCUUGCUCAACGGGUGACAUGAAAGGCAAAGCCAUCAGAGAUUGACACCUUAAGGACCUCAGGAAUGCAAAAGUCCCAAAGAGAGUUUUGGGAACGUUCCUUUUCCAGUGAGCCUAAGAGUUGGAUACACCCUGAUCAUCAUCGUCAGCAAGCUGCUCAUUUCCCUCCUGCACCAGGCGCUGCACUUGGCACGAAAAAUAGAGAGAGGGACAGACAGUCCCCAGCUUAGGAGCUGGAUGCGUUCCAAGCUCAUCUGUUGCAAAUCAGGAAUGCAUUUCCCCAAGAUGGGUUGUUAUAAAUUGGGGGGUGGGAGAGAUGUUCCCAGAUGAACUAAAAAAUAGAAAUCUAUUUAAUGUACACCAGGGAUUGGCAAACUUUUUCAGUAAAUGGCUAGAUAGUAAAUACUUCAGGCGUUGUGGGCCAUAUGGUCUCUGUCACACAUUUUUCUUUGUUUGAUAUUUUUUUUUUAGACAACCUUCUAAAAAUGUAUAAACCAUUCUCAGUUCACAGGCCACACCCAAAACACAGGCUGUGGGCCUAAUUUAGCCCAUGGGCCAUAAAUCGCCGUCCUUGAUCUAUGCCAUCGCUAGCUUACAGUGCAGUGCGAAUGAUGCUAACCAGUGGAUUUGGUGCUCAUCAUACAAGCAUCUUUUUUCUUUUUUGAGGAAGAUUAGCCCUGAGCUAAUAUCUGCUGCCAAUCCUCCUCUUUUUUCUGAGGAAGUCUGGCCCUGAGCUAGCAUCCGUGCCGUCUUCCU